AUGAGACCAAGUUUUGUACCAAAAUGGGAAGAAGCUGAAAAUGAGGCAUUAGUUGAGAAUAUGCAAUUAGAAGAUGGAGGAUGCCCUGAGGGAACUAUUUUAAUCCGGCGGUGGAGUAAAGAUGAAUUUAUCCGAAUGUCGCGAUUUACUAAAGAUUAUGUUUCUAGAUUGAAGUCAAACGCUAAUCAACAACAACCGGGAACUCAUUUCGCAAUUGUUCAAACAAAUUCCGACCCAAGCAAAGUGAAAUAUUAUGGUGUAAAAUGUGAGUUAAGCAUUUAUAAUCCACAUGUUACGCCACAACAAUAUUCAUCGGGAGAAAUGAUCAUUCAAAAUGGUAAUGAUCGGAUACAAUUUGGUUGGACUGCUGGUCAAUCACAUUGUUUCAACAUGUUGUGCCCUGGAUUCAUUAGGGUCAAUAAACACAUUCCGGUUGAUGCUAUUGUGAGUGGAACCUCGGAAAGAGGGAGUUCGAAAAUAGUGUGUAUGGGGCCCUUUGUUUACCAGGAUCCUAAAACAGGGCAUUGGUGGCUUCUAAUAAGGGACUCAAUCAGACCAGACAAUAUUGUUGGUUAUUGGCCACGAGAGCUAUUCACCGGUUUGGCUAACGGCGCGACUUAUAUUGCAGUUGGUGGAGAGGCAUAUAGCCCACCUGACCAGCCUCUUCCUCCCAUCGGAAACGGCUAUUAUCCGGUUGAAGAUGUUAGAUUAUCUGCAUAUUGUGCUCGUUUUGGGGUUUUAGAUGCAAAUCGUCAACAGAUUAGCCCUAAACAAACUGAAAAGUAUACCGAUAAUUGGCAUUAUGGAGUCUAUGAUAGGGAACAAUAUCCCAAAGUUGGAAGAACAAUAUUCUAUGGUGGUACUACAAUGUAA